CGGUACCUAAACAAAGAUGGCGGCGUGUGUCAUACGUCGGACGUUGCUGUCCAGUCUUAGCAAAUAUAGUAGAAAACACACAAUUAGGGUAUUAAAUGUAGAUUUAACCAGUAGACAUACUGGACCUACUAUAUCCUGUUCGACAUGUGGAUUGUUCAGCCUUCAACAGAAGCGCUUUAUGUCGUCAAGGCCAGAAGGGAAGGUUCUAGAAGCAGUUGGAGUGUUCGAGUCUCCUAAACAGCAGGGCAAAUACGAGACAGGCCAGUUGUUCCUGCACAGUGUGUUUGGGUACAGGGGGAUUGUGCUGUUCCCCUGGCACGCUCGUCUGUACGACCGUGACGUAACUCCGCCUACAGCUGAGAGCAGUAAGACGGAGGCCCCAGGUGCUCAUGGCUCCAAGGAGGUGAAGGGGAAGACUCAUACCUACUACCAGGUCCUGAUAGACACCAGGGACUGUCCACACAUUUCUCAGAGAUCCCAGACAGAGGCAGUGACGUUCCUGGCGAACCACGACGACAGCAGGGCCCUCUACGCCAUCCCAGGCCUGGACUAUGUGAGCCAUGAGGACAUCCUCCCGUAUAACUCCACUGACCAGGUUCCGAUCCAGCACCAGCUGUUUGACAGGUUCCUGACAUCUGACACAUCUAAAGUGCCUCCCUUCACCCCCAGGGACACCCUGAGGGCGUGGCAGGAGAAGAACCACCCCUGGCUAGAGCUGUCGGACGUGCACCGCGAGACCACCGACAACAUCCGCGUCACUGUCAUCCCCUUCUACAUGGGCAUGAGGGAGGCUCAGAACUCCAACGUGUAUUGGUGGCGAUACUGUAUCCGCCUGGAGAACCUGGGGGAGGAGGUGGUGCAGCUGAGAGAGAGACACUGGAGGAUCUUCAGCCUGUCAGGGACCCUGGAGACCGUCAGGGGACGAGGGGUGGUGGGCCGCGAGCCAGUGUUGUCCAAAGAGCAGCCAGCCUUCCAGUACAGCAGCCAUGUUUCUCUGCAAGCACCCAGCGGACACAUGUGGGGCACGUUCACCUGCCAGCGCGCCAACGGAGGAGCCAUGUUCGAAGUGGCCAUCCCCUCCUUCUCCCUGGACAGCCACGGACACCGGGACAGUCCGUACUCCUUCCUCUUCUGAGAGCAGGGCGGCCCUGGGGAGACCGCACGCACACAGGCUUCACUCUGGGGCUGUUGGCGUUCUCACGGCAGCGUGACUCUACCGACCUGUCCGCACUGCCUGGACGUGGUUGUCAAUGUUGUGCUAUACGUGCUGAAAGGUUAUGGUGCAGGAGUUGUGAAACAGCUGUGCUCCGAUUGGUUUCAGCCGUUGGUACGGACUCAAACGUUACAAUUUCUCAAGCACAGUAUGUCCUUGUCGCAUAAAUAAGUUUUUCAUUCACUGUCAGGGGUAUACUUUAUAGAGGCUAUUUACACAGAAAUACCACCUUUUGAAGUGCUUGUCUGGCUUUGAUUUCAGUCCUGGCGCUGGCGGACAGAAAGCUGGUACAUACCCACACAUCACCCUGCUGACUUCAUGAAAUGAUGCAUUGUAGGAAAUUAUUGUGUAGAAGAAAAAUGUUUUGUAACGUUGAAAAAGCAACUAUUUUAAAGACGUGUCGAAUAUU